CCCGACCCGCCGCCAGUCGCGCCACAAGCCCCGGAGGGGCUGCACGUGUCCUCGCUCCCGCCAACCGACUUAUGUAACCAUCCGCACGGUGAGUCCGCAGCCUCCGUGCCCCUUCCUCCCCGACAUCGACCCCGCGACUCGAACCCACGCGCUCUGUCACACGGCCGCCCUCCGCGGAGCGAGCCACCGCGCGACUGAUAACCCUCGGCCACGCUCGUACGUAGUGCUCAACCGUCAGCUGAGAGGUGACAUAAUCGAUGCAAUACUACGACGGGAAGCAGCACCAACCUCACAAAAUUAAUUAUUAAUUAGUAUAAUAUAAAAUUUAUCGAAUAAACGACGAAGCGCCUUCAAUUUUCCAAUUACGCAUUAGUUAGCUUAACUUAGAGAUAAGGUAGUGUAGUUGCGUGGUUGUGGAGGGAGCGUGGUGCGAGUUUGGUCCCGACAUCGAUGCGUGUGCUUGGCGAGCAGUGCGCGUGAGAGAGUCGCGCGCGCGUGCGCGUGGGGCCGGCAAGAUUGAGGUGGUGGCCGGGUGCGGUUGGGGCAGGCGAGCGCGCGUGCGGCCGCUGCACGCGCUGGGCCGCGCGGCCGGCAUGUUGGCCUCGCAGCGCUCGCAGUCCUGCAACGAGGAGGGCGCGUUCUUCGGGGCGCGCGCGCUGCGCCGGCCGCGCGGCAAGGGCAGCGGCAGCCCCACCUGCUAGGGGUACGCCAUGUCGCUGCGCAGCCUGCACCGCCGCCUAUCAUCCGCCAAUAACACAUGCGAUGAUGGUGGAGGCGGCGCGGCGACAGGCACGGGCGGGCGCGCGGCAUCGCUGCGGCUCGCCAACGGGCGCGUGGCGGCGCAGUCGGCGGAGCAGCUACCGCACUCGCCGGCCGACUGCGCGUCCGUGCGCAUCUCCAUGGAUAACACCAACACGUGCUGCACUGACUCGCUCGUCACCGCCCUCGACGACGAGACUCUGCUCUUAGGCGACGCCGAUAUGUCGCUGAAGCAGGGCAGCGGCACCGGCAAAGUCCACUUCGGUGGUUUGGACGAUGUGUCCUUGUACGGCACGCCCGUGGAACCUGCCCCGCCGGCGACGGACGCCAAGCAAGGCUUCCUGCGCAACCAGCUGCAGGCGCUCUUCCAGCCCACCGACAACAAACUAGCCAUGAAGCUCUUCGGCUCUAAGAAGGCGCUGAUGAAGGAGCGCAUCCGGCAGAAAGCUGCGGGCCAUUGGGUCAUACAUCCGUGCAGUAGUUUCAGAUUCUACUGGGAUCUAUGUAUGUUACUACUGCUGGUCGCCAACCUGAUCAUUCUGCCAGUCGCCAUCUCCUUCUUCAACGAUGACCUUAGCACGCGCUGGAUCGCCUUCAAUUGUCUUUCCGACACCAUAUUUCUUAUAGAUAUCGUUGUUAAUUUUAGAACAGGAAUAAUGCAGCAAGAUAAUGCAGAACAAGUGAUAUUAGAUCCCAAGUUAAUAGCGAAGCACUAUUUGAGGACAUGGUUCUUCCUUGACCUCAUCUCUAGUAUACCACUAGAUUAUAUAUUUUUGAUCUUCAAUCAGGUAAACGACUUUAGUGAAAGCUUUCAAAUUCUUCACGCGGGUCGUGCACUGAGGAUACUUCGGUUAGCAAAACUACUAUCUCUGGUGCGGUUGUUGCGGCUGUCCAGGCUCGUCCGAUAUGUGUCGCAAUGGGAGGAAGUAUAUAUCUUGCAGAAUCUUCAAAAAAAGCGCACGGAACGGAGGGGACGUCUCAGCUCCGACGUUGCAAACAAAAAGAAGGGUGACACCAAAAGCAAUCUAAUCUUCAAGUUCCUCAACAUGGCAUCAGUUUUCAUGCGGAUAUUCAACCUUAUCUGCAUGAUGUUGUUAAUCGGACAUUGGUCUGGUUGUCUACAGUUCCUCGUUCCUAUGCUGCAAGGAUUCCCACCAAAUUCUUGGGUUGCAAUAAACGAAUUACAGGAGGCCUUUUGGCUGGAGCAGUACUCGUGGGCGCUGUUCAAGGCGAUGUCGCACAUGCUGUGCAUCGGCUACGGGCGCUUCCCGCCGCAGUCGCUCACCGACAUGUGGCUCACCAUGCUGUCCAUGAUCUCCGGCGCCACGUGCUACGCCCUCUUCCUCGGUCACGCCACCAACCUCAUCCAGUCUCUUGACUCUUCACGAAGACAGUACCGAGAAAAGGUGAAACAAGUGGAGGAGUACAUGGCGUACCGCAAGCUGCCUCGAGAGAUGCGACAGCGGAUCACGGAGUACUUCGAGCAUCGCUACCAGGGCAAGUUCUUCGACGAGGAACUGAUCCUGGGCGAGUUAAGUGAGAAGCUGCGCGAAGACGUCAUCAACUACAACUGUAGGUCGCUCGUCGCCUCCGUGCCAUUCUUCGCCAACGCCGACUCAAACUUCGUGUCUGACGUUGUGACCAAACUACGUUACGAAGUCUUCCAACCUGGUGAUAUCAUCAUCAAGGAAGGAACCAUUGGGAGCAAAAUGUAUUUCAUCCAAGAAGGCAUCGUGGACAUCGUCAUGGCAAACGGCGAGGUAGCCACGAGUUUGUCGGACGGUUCCUACUUUGGUGAAAUCUGCCUUCUAACGAACGCUCGUAGAGUGGCCUCCGUCCGUGCCGAGACAUACUGCAAUCUGUUCUCCCUGUCAGUGGACCACUUCAACGCCGUGCUCGACCAGUACCCGCUGAUGCGGCGGACCAUGGAGAGCGUGGCGGCCGAACGACUAAAUAAGAUAGGGAAGAACCCCAACCUGGUGGCGCAUCGCGAGGACGACACCACGUCCGAGGGCAACACCAUCAACGCCGUGGUGAACGCGCUGGCGGCCGAGGCCGAGCACGUGAGCCUGUCGGACGACAGCGUGGCGCGGCUGUCGGAGCGCUCGCUGGGGCUGGCGCUGCAGCCGCUGCAGGCCGCGUCGUGCCGCAUGGCGGGCGUGGCGCUGCCGGGGCUGGGCGUGGCGGCGGCGCUGCCGCGGCCCAAGUCCGAGCACGACUUCAGCGCCGCGGCGCCGCUGGCGUCGUCCGCCGCCUUCCACAAGUCGGACGCGGGCAUCGCGCCCUGACGCCGCUCCGCGUGCUGAGACAUAGCAAUACUAGGCUUAGUGCGAGCGUCCCGCGGCACGCUCGCUAGUUGUAGCGUAGACACGAGUAUUAUAGCUGCGACUUCGCCGGGCGGCCUCCGCGCCGCCCGUUGAAUCUCAUUUUGUGAUCUUAUACUUAAUUCUCCUGUGUUAUAAUUUAGGUUAAAUUUUAUAUCAUUGACGCUGUGAGGAAUCGACGGAUACGUGACGUAUUCCGAUUGUAUAGAUUAUACCUGUUAUAUAUUGAAGAAUGAUACUAUUGAAUCUUUAUAGAGAUACCUUGCCAUUAAAAGAGGAAAUAAUUAUAUAGACUAGACUGAAAUGUAAAGAUAUCACUAUUUUAUGCUUUGUUGGCGUAUGAAAUAGACCUCUAUUGUUGAUGCGGAAUAUUCGAUGGCGAAGUUAAGUACGAGUGUAUAAACGUUCCUGAUUAUCACGAUUCAGAGAUUAUUAUAUUGGAAGCUCUUUAAUUAUUAAAGUUGGAUCGUGGGAGCCACACGUGGAGUUAGGCAAUGGGCGCGGGCCGGGCGCAGUGCGCAGACGCCCGCAUGCGGGGCCGGAGCCGCAGGCCUGCGCCGUGCCCGCAUGCGGGUGGCCCGCGCCGCGGCUGCACAAGCGACGCACAACUAAACAGAGCCUCACGCGCGAUUCCAAUAGCACACAGUUGCUUUCUUCAUUUAAUUAUAAGUAGUAUCUACCGAUAAUCGGCAUAAUUAGCGCAAACAAGUCUCUCAGUUUCUUAAGUAGAGGUGGAUCAGUAGCGCUUCGAAUCUUUUGAGAGUCGUUUCUGUAUGUAAAUAUUGUAAUAUCGGGGAUUUGCCUUAGCGCGGUUCGUUUGAACGGAGUGUUAGCGGGCGUUCAUUUGAGCGGUCCAGUCAAUUAUUCCGAGCGCUCGCAUUGCGCGACGGACGUCUCGGUUCUCGAUGCACUACUACACUUCAUACCUUGUUUUAAUUGUAGGUGAAAAUAAUUUAUUGUCGAUAGUGAUCAUUUCGUAGGAGUAAGUAGUCCGGAGCGUUAACAAAUUCGGACGAAUUACAUUAUGUGAUAGAGCAGCGGUCGGCUGCGCGGGCCGGCGGCCGCGGGCUGGGCGACUGUAGGCCGCAGUACUCAGUAGCUAGCCGUUACCGUGCAUGUUACACUGAUUCUUUGACUUGGAACUUAUCUGUCGUUUGAUUCUUUCGAUAGCCACUUUAGUUACUUCUGGCAAUGAUAAUGGCUUUCCGCAAUCGCUUACACAUUUUAAAUAACUUUAGCCUAACUUAGGAACGUAAUAUUAUGAUAAUGAGCGACAUAUCCUAGCGAGGCUCAGUCCAACAUUAGUUCGAGUCGCCGAGCCCGCGGCCGCCCGGAACGCAAACUUUGGCACGAAUCAUCGUUGACUAAUUCUUAUAGGGUCAUGACAAUUUGUAAAGAUGGUUUUGCAAAUGUUGACUUUUUAGCCAAAAUAUAGUUAAUAAAUGACGAACCAAUACGCAGUAGCUUACUUGUAGAUGAACGCAGCCUAGUUCUCAGUUUUGGCGACUAACACCAAUAGAUACUUUGUACUCGUAAGAUAUUUAUACAAUACAUUGGUCUUAGCAGAGUGACUAUCUGUCAAUUUAUCUACAAAGAGAAAUAUAAUUGCGUUUCAUUCCCAGAAGCAUUUAUUUGUUGUUGUUUUAUCUACCUAACAUUACCGCUUUUGUAAAUUAUAUAAAUUUUAUAGAAGAGAUCUAUUUUUAUUGUGAAGUUGAUCUACUGGAUGUAAGUAAAAACCUAUAUAAAAUUUAUUUCUUUUAAAUCUGAACUGUUAUUUGUUAAAUAUUUUAAUAAUUUCUGGUAACUAUUGUCACCAAAAGUGCUCAUCGCUGUCAAGAAAAUUAGAGAAAAAAUGCAUUAAAGAAUGAAGAAAACCG